UGUCGCUCCCAGCGCUCUUCCUCCUCCGCGGGGAAGCCGGGAGCUCGCCAGAGUGUACGGAGACGGGGUAGGCUGGGCGACACUCUCCAGGCGCGGGGCGGAGAAAGCCCACCCGCCUCCGGAGCCCCACAGACUUGUCUGCGACCCGCACAGCGAUGGAGCCCUCCUGGCUGGAGAUGCGCUGGGCGCGGCCCUUGUACCUGGCCUUCGUGUUCUGCCUGGCCCUGGGGCUGCUGCAGGCCAUCAAGCUCUACCUGCGGAGGCAGCGGCUGCUGCGAGACCUGUGCCCUUUCCCCGCGCCCCCCACCCACUGGUUCUACGGGCACCAGAAGCUACUUCAGGAUGGUGAAAUGGAGAAACUUGAGGAGCUUGUUGGAAAAUACCCUCGUGCCUUUCCUUGCUGGGUUGGGCCCUUUCAAGUAUUCUUCUAUAUCUAUGACCCAGACUAUGCAAAGGCAUUUCUGAGCAGAACAGAUCCCAAGUCCAAGUACCUGUACAAGUUCUUGAUUCCAUGUCUUGGAAAAGGACUAGUGAGUCUAGAAGGACCCAAAUGGUUCCAGCACCGUCACCUACUAACUCCUGGGUUCAAUUUUAACAUCUUGAAAUCAUAUGUUGAGGUGAUGGCCCAUUCAGUGAACACAAUGCUGGGUAAAUGGGAGAAGAUCUGUGGCCCCCAGGACACAAUUGUGGAGGUCUUUGAGCACAUCACCUUGAUGACCCUGGACAUACUUAUGAAGUGUGUUUUGAGCCAGGAGACCAACUGCCAGACAAGCAGCACCCAUGAUCUUUAUGUUAAAGCGACAUUUGAAGCCAGCAAAAUCAUGUUUCACCGCUUAUACAAUUUCUUACAUCACCUUGACAUAAUUUUCAAAUUCAGCCCUCAGGGCCACCGCUUACAGGAGAUGGUCAAAAUUCUACAUCAGUACACAGAAAGGAUAAUCCAGGAUAGAAAAAAAUUGCUCAAGAAUGAGAGGAAGUAUGGUAACACUCAGAAGCGGAAGUACCAGGAUUUUCUGGAUAUUAUCCUUUCUGCCCAGGCUGAAAAUGACAACAACUUCUCAGAUACUGACCUACAGUCCGAGGUGAACACAUUCAUGUUGGCAGGGCAAGACACCAUGGCAGGGGGCAUUUCCUGGCUCCUCUACCACCUGGCUCUGAACCCUGAGCACCAGGAGAGAUGUCGGGAGGAGAUCAGGGGCAUCCUGGGGGACGGGUCUUCUAUCACCUGGGACCAACUGGGUGAGAUGUCAUACACUACAAUGUGCAUCAAGGAGUCACUCCGACUGGCCCCUCCAGUCCCAUCCAUUUCCAGAGAGCUCAGCAAGCCCAUUACCUUCCCAGAUGGACGCUCCUUGCCUGCAGGAAUAACCGUGGUUCUCAGUAUUUGGGGCCUUCAUCAUAACCCUGCCAUCUGGGAAAACCCAAAGGUCUUUGACCCCUCACGAUUCUCUCAGGAAAAUUCUGAUCAGAGACACCCCCACUCCUUCUUACCAUUCUCAGCCGGACCAAGGAACUGUAUUGGGCAGCAGUUUGCCAUGAUUGAGUUAAAGGUGGCCAUUGCCUUGAUCCUGCUCCGCUUUAAGGUGUCUCCAGAUCCCACCAGACCUCUUGUCUUCUUGCCCCAGAUUGUCCUCAAACCCAAGAAUGGGGUCUACUUGCACCUGAAGAAACUCCCCUAAUGUUACAGCCCAGGGUACAACGGUUUUAUACAUAUAUAUAUAUAUAUAUAUAUAU